CACUUGCUUUCCUUCUCCUUCCACCAACCACAGCACCCCAUAGGAGCUUUGGCGACAGAGCUCCACGGGGAGAUAUCUCUGCCCUUUCACCAAUUUAGGUCUGCUCCAUUUUGGGUGUUGCUAAGUUCUUCUUCCUCUGAUCCCCAAGAUCAUGGCAGAAUCACUGCUUUUCCCUUUGGUGCGUGGCGUGGCCAGCAAGGCCACAAACGCCCUCGUCCAGACCGUGACCCGCAUGUGUGGCCUCGAUGACGACCGCCAAACGCUGGAGCACCAUCUGCUAGCCGUGGAGUGUAAGCUGGUCAACGCGGAGGAAAUGAGCCAAACAAAUGGCUACGUCAAGAGCUGGAUGGAGAAGCUCAAGGCCGUCGCCUACGAGGCCGACGACGUCCUCGACGAAUUUGAGUACGAGGCGCUGCGCCGCAAAUCCCAGAUCGGCAACUCCACUUCCUGCAAGGUACUUGGCUAUGUCACGUGCUGCAGCCUGCUGCUCUUCCGUUUUGCCAUGAGCAAGAAGCUCGAGGCAGUCCUCGGUAAGAUCAAGGAGCUGGUUGAGGAGAUGAACACGUUUGGCCUUGAGAAUUCUGGGAGUCGGGAGUACCAGCAACAUCCUUGGCGGCAGACGCACUCCAAACUGGAUGAAUCUACAAAAAUAUUUGGAAGAGGUGAUGACAAGGAGGGAGUGGUGAAGUUGCUGCUAGACCAGCAAGAUCAGAGGAUGGUGCAGGUGCUGCCCAUCUUUGGCAUGGGAGGUCUUGGCAAGACAACACUUGCUAAGAUGGUGUACAAUGACCAAGAGGUCAAGCAACAUUUCGAGUUGAAGAUGUGGCACUGCGUGUCAGAGAAUUUUGAUGUUAUUGCUAUUGUGAAAUCCAUCAUUGAAUUAGCUACAAAUGAAAGAUGUGACCUGCCCGACAAUAUUGAACUAUUGCAGAAGAAACUUGAUGAAGUCACUGGCCAAAAGAGAUUUUUACUUGUUCUCGAUGAUGUAUGGAAUGAAGAAAAGAGGAUGUGGGAUGAUGAAUUGAAGCCAAUACUUUGUUCUGUUGGCUUACCAGGAAGUGUUAUAGUGGUCACAUGCCGAAGCAAGCAAGUGGCAUCUAUAAUGGCCACCAUUAAGCCCCAUGAGCUAGCAUUUCUGAGUGAAGAAGAUUCGUGGGAACUGUUUUCGAACAAAGCAUUUAGUGAUGGUGUAGAGGAGCAACUAGAGUUACACACCAUUGGAAGACGUAUUGUCAAUAAAUGCGAGGGGUUGCCUCUUGCUCUGAAGACAAUGGGUGGAUUGUUGAGCUCAAAGAAACAAGUAGAUGAAUGGAAAGCCAUAGAAGAAAGUAACAUUGGUGCUAAUGUUGGAGGUAAAUAUGAGGUCAUGCCUAUACUAAAGUUAAGCUACAAACACCUGUCAUAUGAAAUGAAGCAAUGUUUUGCAUUUUGUGCACUUUUUCGCAAGGAUUAUGAGAUGGAGAAGGGUAUGUUGAUCCAACUAUGGAUGGCAAAUGGCUUCAUUCAAGAAGAUGGAACAAUGGAUUUAACACAGAAAGGAGAAUUCAUUUUCCAUGAGUUGGUUUGGAGGUCCUUCCUGCAAAAUACAAAAGAAGUACUCAGCAGUGCUUAUUCUGUUAGCUCAAAAUAUGAGACGGUAGUAUUUAAAAUGCAUGACUUAAUGCAUGACUUAGCCAGAGAUGUUAGCAAUGAAUGUGCCACCAUAAGAGAAUUAAUUAAACAGAAAGCAUUGGUAAAAAAUGUCCGUCACCUUCAAAUGUCAAGGGUUAAACUGGAAAAGAUCUGUGGGUUGUUUGAUGGCAGAACAUCUGUCCGCACUUUGUUAGCUCCUUCAAGGAUACAACAUCGUUUUUUACACCAGGAUAUUAAACGACUUCCAUAUUUAUUGCCAUUUGUAUCAUUACGAGCAUUGCGAUGGCAGAGUGUUCGCGUCAGUUUCAAUGUUGAAAAUGCAAAACAUUUACGGUAUCUUGACCUCUCCACUUCUCACGUCAAUGUUAGAUUGCUACAUUCAGUAUGCCUAUUGUAUAACCUCCAAACAUUGAGGCUCAAUCGUUGCUCUGGACUACGACAGUUUCCCGAAGACAUGAUGAUAAGCCUGAGAAAGCUAUUACAUCUUUAUCUUCUUGGAUGUCAUGAGUUGGAGCGGAUGCCUCGAAACAUCGGUCAGCUGAACAACCUUCGGACACUAACAACAUUUGUUGUGGAUACUAGAGAUGGUUAUGGCAUUGAGGAGCUCAAAGACUUGCAACAGCUUCGCGGCAGGUUGGAACUGUACAACUUGAGAAAAAUAAAGAGUGCAGGGCAUGCAAAAGAAGCCAAUCUCCAGCAGAAGCAAAAUCUGAGUGAGUUAUUGUUCUCUUGGGGUCUUAAAAAAUAUGACAAGCCCGAAAAUGAGGCAUGUAAUGAGGAAGAAGUGUUCCAGCAUCUAGAACCUCAUAGCAAGAUCCAAAUUUUGGAAUUGUAUGGAUAUGGUGGCCCAGAAAUACCACGAUGGAUGAGAGACCCUCAGAUGUUUCAGUGCUUAAGAAAACUCAUUAUUGCCAACUGGACAAGGUGUAAGAGUUUACCUGUAGUAUGGCUCUCACCCUCACUGGAGUACUUACACUUGGACAACAUGGAUAAACUGAAGACAUUGUGUGAUAACCUUUGCAUAGAAGGUGGAGGACGCAGUACUCCUCUACAAAUUUUCCCAAAGUUGAAGGUGAUGGUCUUGGAAGAGCUACCUAGUCUAGAGGGAUGGGCAGAAAACAAUGAGGGUGUGGCCAUUGAUAGCUCAGUAAUAUUCCCUAUGCUUGAGAAGCUAGAAAUCAACCGCUGCCCUAAGGUUGCAAGUUUUCCACUGAGCCCCGUUCUCAAAGACCUGAGUUUAGCAGAAUUCCCGGCACGGGAGAUGAAGUGUUUAAGGGAUAUUCCAAUGUUGCCUACAUCCCUUGAAAUUUUGUGGAUUCAAUGCUUCGGAGGUUUGGUGGUGCUGCCGUCAAACCUAGGAGAUCUGGCAAAGCUGAGCUACCUACUGGUGCAUAGCUGCAGCAACCUGAAAGGGUUGCCUGAUGGGAUGGAUGGCCUCACUUCUCUUCGGCGAUUAUGGAUAACUCAUUGUCCAGCAAUAGAAGUAUUCCCGAAUGGUCUCCUUCAGCGUUUACCAGCCCUUGACCGCCUACACAUACAAGGCUGCCCCGAGUUGGAAAGACGAUGCAGAGAAGGUGGGGAGUAUUUCAACCAGCUGGUCCCACGUAAAUCAGGAUUAAGAACUGGAGCUCCAGAAGCAGAAGCAGAAUCCACAAUUAUAGCACCAGAAGCUGGAACCAGCAGAAAGAAGUUUCUAAGAAGUCUCUUGUGCUCACUCGAAGUCCGAUGAUAACUAAGGUUGGAAGAGUUGAAAUCCGCCAAAGCUCUGUAUGUUGGUGUCAGUGCUGUGAUGCAGAGUCGACGAAGGCUUCUUUCACGAGCAUGACCGAGGCCGAGGAAUGGCCGAGUGUUUCAGGACAACCAGAAGUAUGGUAGCAGCGGUCGCCGCUGGUUCCUCUUGAGAUGAGGUUACGUCGACCCAACCUUCGAGCUGAGCUCGGACAGGAAAAAUCGUUUAGUUACAUUUCUCAUUUCUCCGACAAACGGCCCUUCAACAAAUUUAUUUCCUCCAAGCUCUCAAGGUGAUUGGAAGGAACCAAGUGCCGGAUGACGUCAGCUGCAGCACUGUUUCGUUCUUAACAAACGAGAAAUUCAGAUACCACUCUGUGAUGGCAGCGUCAGGGAAAUCCAAGCAGUUCAUCAAAUCCGUAUGAAUGCAUGCCUUGGUUGGAGUCUCUGAAAGCAUCCGCAAACUGAAGGAACCAAUGCCAUGCCCGUCAAGCGAAUUCCGAACUCCAUCGUCACUGCAGUGAUGAGUCUUAUCUGAAAGUAGAUGUGAUAAUCAGAACUAGAUCCUGCUGUGACUAUCGCCGCUUUCCCUAGAGAUUUUCUCUAGCAGAGUAUCUGCCUAUGCGUUCGGCCAGCAAUCUGCCUAUGUCAAUCCGUUUUCUAUGCAUGUAUGUCAGUGCAAACUUCUACGUAUUUUCCUACAAAUUUUCUCUGAGAGGAACGAAGUCUCAACUUGUGCAAAACUUGUGCUUAUUUGAGGAGGAAGAGUGCAGCUGGCUGACGCUUAUACUGAA